ACAGAAUGCUAAGUCCAGUUCCGGGGUCGCCAUAGUAGCCUAUGUACUAUCUCAGAUCAACACUGAGGUACUUGUUUUUUUUUAUCACCGUAAACACCAGAAAACACGAAAUAAGUACAUUAACUAAGAGAAACACGUUUAACUCUUGAUCAAGAGGACAUCAAAGAGGAUGAAUUUUUUCAGAGGAGUAAUAGGCGGGCAGCCAGCGGGGCCACAACAUUCUGGGGUUGAGACGAUCCAGAAGCUUUGUGAUCGUGUUGCCUCCUCAACACUGUUGGAGGACCGUAGAGAUGCUGUCCGGGCCCUUAAAUCUCUGUCCAAGAAAUACCGCAUGGAGGUGGGCUCACAGGCUAUGGACCACCUGAUUCGUAUUCUUCAAACUGACAGGGCGGACUCUGAAAUCCUUGGGUAUGCUCUGGACACUAUAUACAACAUCAUCUGCAGUGACGAGGAAGAAGAGCAAGAUGAAUCAGAAGAUGCUGUACCCCCUGUUUCAGGGAAGACUAGGAAUAUUCCUGAGGAGAUGCAGAAGCAGGAGGAUGAUGUAGGAGCACAGUUCACAGAGCGGUUCAUCCAGGACCCCGAGAACAUCACACUGCUCCUCACACUCCUGGAGGAAUUUGACUUCCACGUGAGAUGGCCUGGUGUGAAGCUCCUUACAGCCUUGUUGAAGAACCAGUGUGCUCAGGUUCAGGGGAUCAUCCUUGUGAGCCCAAUGGGAGUGUCCAGACUAAUGGACUUGUUAGCUGACUCCAGAGAAGUCAUUCGUAAUGAUGGUCUGCUGUUAUUACAGCAACUCACGAAAAGCAAUGCAGCCAUUCAGAAGAUUGUUGCUUUUGAAAAUGCUUUUGAGCGACUCCUAGACAUCAUUACAGAGGAGGGCACCAGUGAUGGAGGUAUUGUUGUGGAGGACUGUCUGUUGCUGCUGUUGAACCUACUCAAGAACAACAGCUCCAACCAGAACUUUUUCAAGGAAGGCUCCUACGUCCAGCGGAUGAAGCCGUGGUUUGAGGUGGGAGACGACAAUGCUGGCUGGUCGGCUCAGAAGGUCACCAACCUUCAUUACAUGCUACAGCUGGUGCGGGUGCUGGUGUCCCCAGUGAACUCACCUGGGGCCACGGCCAGCUGUCAGAAGGCCAUGUUCCAGUGCGGCCUCCUGCAACAGCUCUGCACCAUCCUCAUGGCUACCGGCGUCCCCGCAGACAUCCUCACAGAGACUAUAAACACAGUGUCAGAGGUUAUUCGAGGUUCCCAGGUUAACCAGGACUAUUUUGCAUCAGUCAACGCUCCAUCCAACCCCCCCAGGCCGGCCAUUGUGGUGCUGCUGAUGUCCAUGGUGAACGAGAGGCAGCCGUUCGUGCUGCGCUGUGCUGUGCUCUACUGCUUCCAGUGCUUCCUCUAUAAAAACCAGAAGGGCCAGGGGGAGAUCGUGGCCACACUGCUGCCUUCCACCAUAGAUGCUAACUCCAUCUCGGCAGGUCAGCUGCUGUGUGGAGGCCUGUUCUCGGCAGACUCUCUGUCCAACUGGUGUGCGGCGGUGGCUCUGGCCCACGCGCUCCAGGACAACCCGACCCAGAAGGAGCAGCUGCUGCGGGUGCAGCUGGCCACCAGCCUGGGCAAGCCCCCCGUCUCCCUCCUGCAGCAGUGCACCAACAUCCUCUCCCAGGGGGAUAAGAUCGACCGGCGGACCAAAUCUGAAAAGGGCAGUAAGGUGCAGACCCGCGUUGGCCUCCUGAUGCUGCUCUGCACCUGGAUCAGUAACUGUCCCAUUGCCGUCUACCACUUCCUGCACAACCAGGAGAACGUGCCCUUUCUGACGGCGCAGAUCUCGGAGAACCUGGGAGAGGACGAGCGGCUGGUGCAGGGCCUGUGUGCCCUCCUGCUGGGCAUCUGCAUCUACUACAACGACAACACACUGGAGAACUCUACCAAAGAUAAGCUAAAGCAGCUGAUUGAGAAGCGCAUUGGGAAGGAGAACUUUGUGGAGAAGCUGGGCUUCAUCACUAAGCACGAGCUCUACUCCCGCGCCGGCCAGAAGCCGCAGCCGGUCUUCUCCACGCCCGAGCACAUGCUCUUCGACCACGAGUUCACCAAACUGGUCAAGGAACUGGAGGGUGUGAUAACUAAAGCUGUCCAUAAGUCCAGUGAGGAGGAGAAGAAAGAGGAGGAGGUGAAAAAGACGCUCGAGCAGCAUGACAGCAUAGUGACUCAGUAUAAGGAGCUGAUCCGAGAACAGGACGCUCAGAUCAACGAGCUGAAGGCGCAGGUAGCCUCCAUGACGGGCCAGAGCGAGCAGAUGCAGAGCACCCUCACACAGCAGCUGGCCCAGAUCCAGCAGCACAAAGACCAGUACAACAUCCUCAAGCUCAAACUAGGUAAGACAGGUGAUCAGUCGGCCUUACAAGGGGAGGGCGCUCAUGUCAACGGCCUGCAGUCAGAGGAGCUGAGUCAACUGCGGGAGGAGCUGGAGGAGCUGCGCAGACAACACGCACAGCUGCAGACACAGCUCGCAGACAAGGCCACACUCAUAGACAGCCUGAAAUCUGAGGCAGCUUCUCCAGCAGAGGCAGCAGCAGGAGCCUCAGACAACUCUGAACUGCUGAAGGAGCUGGAGGCAUUGCGGGCCCAAGUACAGAGCCAGUCUGCUGACAUCACACAGCUCCAGACAGAGAGACAGGAACUGCUGAGGAGAUCCAAGACUGCGGAGUCCGGGUCAGCUAGUGUGGACGGUGGAGUUGACACGGCCAAAGUAGCAGAACUGGAGAAGCGAUUGGCAGCUCAGAGUGCAGAGGCACAGAAACUGCAGGAGGAGAAGAAGAGUCUGAGUGCGAGCCGGGCCGGCCUGGAGUCUGACCUGGCCUCGGCGACCAGCACUGUGGCCAUCCUGCAGGCGGAGAAGAGUAAGCUGCAGCAGGAGGUGCAGGAGUCCAAGAAGGAGCAGGACGACCUGCUCAUGUUGCUCGCCGACCAGGACCAGAAGAUCCACUCACUCAAGCAGAAGCUCAAAGACCUGGGCGAGCCGAUUGACGAUGAGGAUGACCUAGACUCCAAGGACCAAUCUGAAGAGGACGAUGAUGAUGAUGAAGAAGAAGAUGAGGAGGAAGAUGAUGAGUAGACAGACCCUUAGAUACCACCUGUUGUAGAGAAACUGUGUAAGGCGUUUUGGCACCACCACCCCCCCCCCCACUUUCUACUCAGUAGAAGAGAGGGGUCAGGACCUUAGGACUGACCUGCAGUGGCUUCACCCAUCACCAUGUUCCCCUCUCUUAAGAUCUCCUCCAGGGUUUGGAUCCGUUCUUUUCCCAGCGGAACUGAAAAAAAAAAAAAAAAAAACGCAUUCUACAAGGGAUGGUGAAAUACUUUUAGAGUGCGAACACAGCCUUGAGGAAAUGGAAUUGGAAAGUUAAGUAGAGAGAAAUGGUAACCAGCUACCUACUUGUGAGACUGAGUGUGCCUGGGUGUGCCUGGGUGAUUUAUUACAUGUCAUUCAUUACAAGCAACCUUUAAUAAAUGGAAAAAAUAUGCCAAGUUAAUAUGCCAGACUGUCUGUUUUGGGCCAAAACCUAUGACAGUUUUAUAUACAGUAGUACAUAUAAAGUCUGCCUGCGUGAGAAUCGGUGAGAACCUAAUUUUAGUGAUUUCAAUUAUUUUUUUCUUGAGGUAAUUACAAAUUCUCUGGCAAGUUGAAUGUUAUGCCAUGCAUCUUCAGUUGAAAUAGUAAGACCAUGUUCUUGUCAGAAAUGGUUGUGUUGCCUCUUCUUUCAUAGUCAUAAUGCUGUAAAUGUGAAGGACUAUUCAAAGCAUGAUACUACUACUUUGUGUGAGUUCAUACUGUGUUCUUUCUCUGCCUUGACAUGCAGUAGUUCCCUCAGAAUUACAUAUUUGGAGGAUCUCUGAGAAAUCCCCCUUUUCAACAUGUCGUCCCUUGAAAUGUUUGUAUGGUUGAAUGAGGUAGAAUGAAUAAUACUGUCUCAGUCAUUCUGCAUUUUUAACAUCUGGUCCUUUAAAAUAUUAAAUGAUUACAACACUUCACUCAACAAUACUGGAGGAUGCCACAUUUAUGUAUCGUUAGAUGCAUUUAUCUGUAGAAAAUACUUUAUAUGUUGUAUAAAAACUCUAAGCAAUGUACUUUUAGCAUUAUGUUUGUAGGAUUAAGUAUGUUAGAUCUAAAAUAUCUGGAAAACUAAAUUAAUUGCUGCUUUGUGUUUAUGUAUAUUCUAAUUCUUGCUGAAGUAUACAACUAAAUUGAAGUUUAUUUAUUGGGAUUACAAAAAUAUACUUGCAGCAACUUAAUGAUUCCAAUUCUGUUUCCCCAAGGCCUUUGAUGGUAGAAUACAAAUUCAAGUUCCUUUGUUGAA